AUGUGCCACUUGGAACAUCGGCACAAUGACUGGAAGAAGCAGGGAGAUAGCAGAAACCAUGAAGCAGAGGAAAGUGAAAAUACUCUGUGUAAGGUGGAGGGGCGGCUGAGUAAGGGAGAUCGGAGAAGACUGGCUGUGAAGAUCAAGAGAAGUGUUAGAGAGAUCCCUGAGGAAGAAGAAAUUAUCCUAGGAGCUGAUCUGAAUUGUCAUGUAGGAGAAACAGCAGGAGGUUAUGAAGCAUGUCAUGGCGGUUUUGGAUACGGCCUGAGAAACGAAGAAGGAGAGGAAAUGCUAGAGACAUUGGAGAGCUUGGAACUGGUCUUGGUAAACACCGGAUUCAAGAAGAGAGAUGAACAUCUAACAUCAUACCGAAGUGGAGAUAGCAGUUCCCAGAUCGACUUCCUAGUGGUGAGGAAGAGAACCCGUAAAAACGUGAGAGAUGCAAAAAUGAUUCCCGGUGAGGCAGUUGCUCACCAGUACAGGUGA